GGUUCCUCAUCCACCCAAUUUUGUCCCUUCACCCUAGUUGCCUAGUGCCCCUUUGGACACCUUGCUCCUUGCUCAGAGGGGUCCAGACUCAAGGGUAGGUAUCUGUGAAUCACAGCUGCCGUCACAAAGGAGCAGACUGAAUAGAGGUCUGGGGGAGGGACCCUCUUCACAUGAUUGGGAAUAGGGGGAAUUGGAAUGGGCACCUGGGUCCCUGUGGGAAGAUCUGGGGCUAGGGAGGACCUUGACCACCCGGCAAAGUGAAAGCUAGAGGGGAAGAGUUUGACGUGACACGAGGGAAAUGCUUUGAGUUCCCUAAUUUCUAUGUUCCCUCCCGCCACCUAUGGUGCUGCUUGCAAAACCACAAAAGGGGCCAGCACCUUGGCCCCGAGCCACAGUAGGGACCAUAUUCUUCAUUAUAAGCCUGUUCCUAUGGCCACUGGUGGACCCCAGCAAUGCCUGCCUCUCAGUAGAUACAACUAAGCUCUGGUGGCUGCUGCUGCUGGCUCCCGUGCACCAUGAGAACCCCUGGCACCUGGCCUGCAAUGUGGCGGGACUGUGGCUGACUGGGCGUCGUAUGGAACAGUCUGUGGGCACAGGCAUGUUCCUAGUCCUGGUGUUCUCUGCUGCCCUGUUCGCAGGUUUCCUUCACCUUGCUCUCAACUUGGUCAUGGAGUUGCUAUUCCAAGAAAGUCAUUACCGAGCUGGCUGUACGCUUGGCUUUUCCGGCGUCCUGUUUGCCAUGCAGGUGAUGUCCAGCUCCGAGAACUCCCUUGUGGGAGACCUAUUGCUGUGCCUGGCAGAAUCUUUGGUGGCCAGCUACUUCGCCCCCAAGAUCUCCUUCAGCGGACAUUUGGCAGGGGUCCUCGUGGGCCUGGCCUACACCUGGGGGCCGCUGCGGGCCGUCACCCGUCGGAAAUAAAAGCUACGCUAAACCCCCCCCCCCAACUACAAUCAACUAAUACAGCUGAAUACACGCCUUAACCUCAGCCUCCACAGUUACUUCGGAGGAGUGGAUGGGGUACUGCCUCCAAGCCAAGGAUUCUUCGACUCCUGGGCCCAGAAGAUGGAGUUGGGGGCGUGAGGUACUAGGGCUGGUGAGAGCAGCCAGAGGAUUCCGGCGUCUCAGUGGUCUGCUGACUCGCGGCCCUGGCUCUAUCAUCCUGAUGUGCAGCCAGCUCUGCAGCCACCUGUGGAAGCAAAAGUCGCAGCGGCUCCACGCAGACCUUCCACAGCUAGAGUGCUCCAAGAGUGAGAAGAAAGUGCGCGCUGGCUGCGCGUUUGGCGGGCGCGUACCAGUGCGCCAAUGCGCGUCUGGGCCACCUUGUCAUACUCUACACACACUACAAGCAGUUUGGGCGUGGUGGCUGCCAGUGAAGCCGAGCAGCUGACCUGGUACAGCGCCCGCCAGCACAGCUUACAGAACUGCAGGGUCCGAGACCCUGUUGCGUGCCAGGAGGCAUGACCAGUGACCCUUCGGCCCAAAGGACUAGGGCUGUACCUCAUACAUAGCUUGGGCUGAGAUUGUUACCAGCUUAUCAGAGGUCCAGGGCACUCGGGCAGAGGGAAGGCAGAGAGACCUGGGAAUCCAGAAACCAUGACAGCAUACCUCUCCUGCCCUCUCGCUGCCUCUGCUCAACUUGCGGCGUUGUGGCCACACGGACCCCUUUUGCCUGCAGCAGAUCGGCUCCCACGGAGUCCAGGGAGCUGUCGCUGCAAGCACCCGACAACGGGCCAAACUUGUAGCAUACGUGAGACUGCUGGACGCUAUAAAUCGGCUUGGUGGGACCGGGCUAGAACAUGAAGCGGCUCCUGCGGGGACCUCGAAAUCAUUGCACCGGUCUGCCCCGAAGUCUCCAAAAACUCUCGUUGCCCAAGUUCUCCAGGGCCAUGAUUGUAUUCGGAUGAGCCCUGAGGUCCUAGGGUGUGUCUCAAAAGGAAGGUCACCCCGGGUGCAGGCUCAAGAAGAGGGUCACCGCUGGAGCAAUGCCCUCAGGAUAGAGGUACCGCUGAAGCCAAGUGGUAUUGGGGACCACUUGGAGGCCUCAGGCAACUACUUGUCUGUGGGAGGCCAAGGGGUCCGUGAUGAUGGAGUUGCCCUCGAGGGGCACAUCACUUCCUAAUGCUGUAUCCUGUAGUCAGGAACCCAGGAACUCCAGCUCCCUGCCCUACUGCUCAGAGUGCCAGCCAGCACUGUGUAAUAGAGCUGCCUCCCCCUGGCACACCACUGGAGUGCAGUGACAGCUAUUGUCACCGGGAUACCAGUAAAGUGACAAACCCCUGGGCUCUGGAGCCAGCAGGAGAAUAGGUAGGCAUCGAAGGUCCAGAAUACAUCGCCAUGGGGGCUGGCUGGGAAGAGAACUUCCACUACCAACUGAGAAGGCGACCUCAACUAGGUCGACCUGGAUCGGGGGCAGGAAGAAGGGCAAGCAGCCAGGCUCAGGUUCAUCCUCUGGUCCCCUGUGAGGGCAUCCCCAUAGCUAUGCACAGAAACAACUUGGUGAGGCCCAGGAGAGAGGGUGAGUGUGCAGGCCCUUGUUAACCCUUCAUCCCCUUAUAGCCAAAGUGAUGAAUGUGGCCCCGAGUCAACUGUCUUCUCCAGCUGUUGGGCUACAAGAGGAUUGGGUUGGGGAGGCUAUUUGUGUAAUGCACUAAUCAUGUAGUGCCCAAUACAACUGACCCAGGAACUAAAGACAUUUAGCUUUAACUCCUUUUCCCCAGGUAGUCAUCCCUUUAGGCUGUGGUUCCCCAGUAAAGUCACUGAGUUAAUCCCUCAGUAGCUGCCCCCCACCUCUGCUUGCCUCAUUUUGAGCAAUCUUAAAGACAGAAAGACCCAGAAAAUGCACAUUCAGAAUCCAGUAAUUUCAUCUUUGAAAGAUAGCAUCUAAAAAAAAGCUGCCCACAUAUAUAGAUAUCUCAAGAGUCUUUUUUCUUUUUCUCUCAAGAACACUGGGAACUCUCUUGUGGCAACUCUCCAGAGGUGCUUCCUCAUUCCCAACCCACUCCAAAUUGCUAUUUCAAAUUCCAAUUCCUGCAAUGUUCUUCCCACACUCAGAUCUACAAUUACUUUUGUAAAGUCAAAUGUCCUGGUGCAAUCGCCUAUCUCUUAUCAAUAGAUCAGUCCCUCCACUCAAUUCCUAGCAGGAACUUCCUUGAGCCAGGGAGGAAUCUGAAAGACUCUUUCUCCCUUGACAGCUAGAGAGGCCUACACAGAGGUACCCUGUAACUCUGGGAGCAGCCCCCCUUUAAUCUCUAAUGAGAGGCCAGAUUGCCUUUUCCCCUUAUCUCUGUUCCAAUGGGGGGCCCCCCCAGUAAACAUACAAGGCCUUCAUCAUUAGAGUCUGCCCAGGGCAGUGACCCCAGGCAUAUGACAGAACCUACCUUUUAUCUUAGACUACACUAAUGGCACUGGUUCCAGCCUGUCCUGCCACCUGUACUCCACAGUGAUUUCCCCCUAUGCCAACCUUCCCUUAGAUAGGGCUGGGGUGGGUGAUGAUGGCCACCAAUAUAGAACACUGAUGUGGGUGGGUAGGUGGGGGAACUGGAUGAUUUAUCAUCCCCAAACAAUCAUAUUGGAACCACUUGUCUUCCUGGCCUAUGUCACAAAUAGUUUACCAGGGGUGGGGAACCUGCGGCCUCAAGGCCACCCCUGGUUUAGACUGUAAACUGCUUGAGCAGGGAUUCUUACUCUUUGUAUUUGUAUCCUCAGCACCAGCUAACAUAAUGCCUGCAAUGAUAAUAAAAAUUUUGAC